AUGAAAGAUGCGGAAGAGACAUUAAGUAACCUGGAAGUGGUGACUGCAGAUGGUACACCAAAGCAGGCUACUAAUGUCUCGGCAACUGUUCAAGCUUUACAAGAGAAGCUCAAGGAACGCAGCGAUAAAGUUGGCGAGCUUGAGGAAAAGAUUGAGGAAACGAAGAAGAAGAAUGAAAAAGUUUCUAACUACCUCAGUGAUGCUCAACAUUUGCUCAGAGAAUCCCGUAAGAAUGCCGAAGAUUCGCGUAAGGCAGUUAGUGGACUGUCUACUAUGAAAUUGGAAGGACUAAUCAAAGCUUUAUCAGACGGACGUGAAAAAGCAGUUGAUGACCAUCGGAUGGUAAAAAAUCUUACGGAACAAGCGAAGGAUUCACGUGAGGCUAUAGGCAAUUCGAUGGCAAGUAUUGCUGAAAUUCGAGCGGAACUUGCCGAAGCAACUGAAACAAAGAGAAGUAAGAGGGCGACACCGUUUGAUAAGGCUUCAAUCAAUGUAAAAUUGGGAGAGUUGGAGUCCGAAGCAAAUCGGCUUAACGAGACAUUCGGCAGUACCCGGCUCGAGUCUCAGAAUGCUGUGGAAGCUGCCUCUGCGUAUGCCAACAUUACGGAAUCUCUAAAGACUGCCCGUGAGAAAUCUCAGUGGAUUAUUGACGAAAUGGCUAAUCUCAAAGAUGGACUUGAAGAAAAUAAUGAAGAUGUGAAGACUGCCUUGAAUCAAUCAGCUGUAUUGCUGCGUCAAACAUCAGAUCUGCAACAGAACACUUUGAACAGUCUGAGGAAGGAAGUUGAAGACAUGGAUAAAAAGAUUGAAAGGGUUUCUACAGCGGUGGAUGGAAUGCGCCGAAAUCUGGAAUUUAUGCGAACAUCGCUCAAAUCCCCCUUAAACGAAUCAGCAUUUGCUGACGUAGAGAAAUCAGCUGAUCAUGUGAACAGCUUACUUGUCGAUUCAGCAAAGGUUAACAUUCACCCAUUUACCCCUAUGCAACUUAAUAAAGGCCGGAUGCUCAACAUUUCAAGAGAUCAAAUUGCUGAGCUGAAAACAGCUACGGAUGCUGCAGUGUCCGAAGCGACCGAAGCGCUUCAAGGCAUUAAAACAACCAGAAGCAACGUUAAAGAGCUCUCUACUCUAGUUCCAAAUCUUCUAAACUCAUAUGACAAAAUGCGCUACUCUGCUGGAAAUCGCUCAGCAAAGGUUGAAGCAUGCAAUGACAAGCUUGUUUCUAUUAAAGAGUUAAUUGCUGUGGCAAGAGAUGCAGCUAAUAGGAUCAAACUUGGAGCACAUUUUGAGAAAGGAAGCUCUUUAGAUUUGGCUAUGCCACAAAAGGUAGCCAAAUCGGCAGCACAUACUGAUAUCUCAUUCCACUUCCGCACGGAUAAGGAUCAUGGUCAGUCGUUCUCGUUCUUCAUAAACUAG